AUGCGACUCUCAUCCACGCCGCCCGUGUUAGACCAGAGCUGUCACCAAGUUGCAACUCCCUUGCCGACCACGGAUGAGCCGGAUGCUGGUGCACACAACAUUCAUCGCCCUGGUAAAGACAGCGCAAUGUUCGAAGGGUCGCUCCUUGGACUCGAAGCUCUGUCCUUGGAGGACAUCGAACCGUCUGUCCCGCAGCAGGCCGUCACCCAUAUCCCUCCCCUGCCGGCUCCCCGCUCGGUUGUUGAGGUGAACGUUUAUCGUGGCGGUAUCGUCAACAUCUACGCCCGCACGGGCGAGGAUGCCCGUGGGCGACGCAUCGACCAGGGCACCCCAAACACGACUAGGGAUUACCUUUUUCGUGGACCGACGGGUACCACGAUGUCGCCUCGUGUCCCCGCUGGUUCCCACCCAGGCUCGGCCCUCGCGUCCCCUCUUCGCCGCUUCGAGGUGCAAGGUCAACGUCACGCCGCCCAGGGGACCCACCGUACACCAAUCCUCGGCGGUGCCGGUGUCAAGGACGAGCUCUCCUCGUCGUUCGGCAGCAUGCCGUCCUCCGCCGGGACUCUGGGAAGCCUCCCGAUUUCCUCUGUGACGUCGCCGCCCGUUGUAUCUGCGGCCGCGCUGCCUGUCGUCUCCACGGCCGCACUUCCCGUCGCCGCUGCGGUACCGCCACCCGUCGUCUCCGCUGCGGCGGCGCCCGUCGCCUUUGCGACCCCGCCGCCUAACCACGGACACACGAAUGGUGGAAUAGAUAAUUACGAGAACAUCGACGCCCCCGACCCCCAGCACCGCAAGAAGUGGUACGUCGUCACUGCGGGACGCCAGGUUGGGAUCUUCAAAUACUGGGACGACUGCUGGAUGAACGUCCGAGGCGUGCGGAACAACUGUUAUAAGUCGUACAAGACCCGCGAGGAGGCGGAGACCGCGUACGAUCGCCAGAAGAAAGCCGGCCGGCUCACCGUCGUCUCUUCCUAG